AUAUUAGUAUCUUGCAACUGACAUGUUACUACUCGACCAAUCAAAAACCCGUUUACAAUGGAAAGCUGCAUUUAUUUUUGAAUAAAGAUGGCUGAAAGAGUACGAAGUAUCGAAUCGGACAAAGAACGUUUUCUACGACAGGUGCAGUCAACUAUAGAUUAUUGUGUUCGUAUAGGAGCCUCAGAUUCGCAGACUCCACAGAUUAUUGACAAUCUGAAACUAAGGCUGAAUAAUUUAUCUAGAGAUAUAGACAGAGCUGGUAGUUUGUUUAUAUCUGUUGCUGAGAAAGAUGAUAUCCUAUCAAUUGUCAAAGAUAUGAGCGACGAAAUUGAUACAACUUCAAGAAAUAAUUCCAACGCAAGCAGUGGUGUAAUGCUGUUUUAUGACAAGAGUUAUAUACUGUGGUCUAGACAGCUGGCCAAAACAAAAUUGGCUUUAUAA